AUCAGAUGUCAGAGCUCAGAAGGAACACUUGAAGGCAGCAAAAGUUCAGUCUGCAGAGUUCCGUCUAUAGUUGUGGACAUGGAGGAAAAACACAGCAGUACGGACUCUGACUUUACCCCAGACCCAGGGGGGACAGGAACAACACAAGAUGUCCCAUGUGACCAAAACCCACAGGAAAUUAUCAGCAGACGGCUGACAGAACAGGGGCGGUUUGCAUAUGCUGCACUGUGUGGCGUCUCUUUGAGCCAUUUGUUUACAGGGCCUGGAAACAGUACGUUCAGGGAUCAGUACCUGCAGGGCUUGGUCCGCUGGCUGGACCUGGAUGAAUCAGUGAUGCCUGUUAUGGGGGCUUUCCUGUCAGGCCUGGGCUUUGAGGGCUCAGACACAUUCCUCUCCACCCUACUGGCUGAACCACUGCUAGCUGAAGGAGCCAUCCCCAUCAUGCAGGAUCUGGUGUCCUUUUCUGUCAAAGACGGCCAAUAUGAUGCCAGAGCGAGGGUUCUCAUCCGUCAUGUCAGCUGUCUGCUGCGAAUCUCUCAACAGCAGCUGGAGGAGUUUGAGGAAACGCUGGGAGAGAGGCUGAGGGAAAAAGGAGAGGAGAGCGAGGAGGAGUCCUCUCGGCGGCGGAGGAAAGAAAGAGGGCGAAAGUUACGCCGCUACCUCCUCAUUGGACUAGCCACUGUGGGUGGAGGAACAGUGAUCGGUGUGACAGGUGGGCUGGCAGCACCCUUGGUGGCAGCAGGGGCAGGGGCUGUGCUGGGGGCCGGAGGGGCUGCUGCUCUGGGCUCAGCCACUGGCAUUGCAAUCAUGGCCUCCCUGUUUGGAGCUGCAGGGGCUGGAUUGACUGGUUAUAAGAUGAAUAAGUGCGUUGGGGCGAUAGAGGAAUUUGAAUUCCGGCCGCUGAACUCUGGGAAGCAUCUUCACUUGACCAUAGCAGUGACAGGUUGGCUCUGCAGCGGUAAAUACAGUUCGUUCCAGGCCCCGUGGUGCAGCCUGGGCGAAUGCGGGGAGCAGUACUGCCUGGUGUGGGAGUCACGUUUCCUCAGGGAUCUGGGCUCAGCCUUGGCCUCUCUGUUGGAUGGCCUAGUCAGCAUGGUCGCCCAGGAAGCCCUCAAGUACACAGUGCUCUCAGGCAUUGUGACGGCUCUGACGUGGCCUGCCUCUCUGCUGGCAGCAGCCAGUGUCAUCGAUCAUCCCUGGUGUGUUUGUCUGAACCGCUCAGCUGAGGUGGGAAAACACCUGGCACAGGUUUUACGAAGCAGACAGCAGGGGAAGCGACCUGUCAGUCUUAUAGGUUUCAGUCUUGGGGCCAGAGUUAUCUACUACUGUCUAGAGGAGCUUGCCAAUGACCAAGGUGGUGAAGGAGUAGUGGAGGACGUGUUCCUCUUGGGGGCCCCUGUGGAUGGCUCUGAGAAGGCCUGGGAGAGAAUAACCAGGGUAGUGUCUGGAAAAAUAGUAAACGGGUACUGCAGGGGGGACUGGCUCCUGGGGUUCUUGUACCGAAGCUCAGCUGCACAACUGUCUGUUGCUGGGCUACAGCCAAUCAACGACCAGGACGGACGCAUAAUCAAUGUGGAUCUCUCAUCUGUGGUGAAAGGUCACUUGGACUACAUGCGUCAGAUGGACACCAUUCUGGUUGCAGUAGGAGUUCCCACCAAAGAAGUCCCAGGAGGCUCCUCUGCUCUUCCUAACUCUGUGGCAGUUAUAGAGGGGACAGGGGACAUCCCUGACCAAAUGCCCGAUGAGCAACAAGUGAAUGAGACACAAAGCCCAGCUGAGGAGGCUGAUGCUCGUACAGCUGAAGGUGGAGACGUGGAAGAGAGAGCAGAGAAAGCAGAGACAGGAGAUGGUUGGGACAUCCCUGAUAUUUCUGAUCUGCUGGAUUCGCUGAAUGAUCCAGAGUCAGAGUGUCAAAUCAGAGCCAAGAACAAUUUACCACUUACUUCAGAGGAGAAUGCUUGUAAUCAUGACACAGCAUCUGCUUUUAAUGCCCAGUGUGACGAUGCUGAGGAGGCAGAUCCAGAUAAUGAACACAUAUCAUGGAGCUGGGAAGACACACGCUGGACUACAGAGCACACACACGAACAAAGGCGGCCAAACUUGUAAAGAGCAUGUUACAGGACCAGCUGCUUCUCUGUAAACUCAUCUCAAGUUUUCUUGUUUGUUUGUUUGUUUUAGCGUCCAAGCUUUGUUGGAGAAAAUAUGAAUCUCAUUCUCAACAUACUGACAUGCCAAUGCAAACAUAUGGCCCCUAAAUGAACUGCUCUGUUUAACCAGUGUUUGUGAAUGAAGUAGAUUUUUUUUUUUUUUUUUUUUUUUUACAAACUGUAAAUAGUGUCAUAAUUUAUUUGCUAAACUCCGUCAGAUCAAGUAACUGUGAAUAUAACUGGUGUUUUUCAGGUUUCAGAGGGUGCAGUAAAAACGACAGUAUCUCAUGUUCAUUUCCUUCUAAUUUUCAUCCGUUGGCCUGGUUGCUAUGGAUAUUAUCACAGUAAUUUGAUUUCCAUAAGGCCGAGGGCCAAUUCAGUGAAGGUGACAGUCUUCUUCAAGGCCUUUCUUUGCUCUUUUCCAUUCAUACCAAUGUGAAGCACUGCUUUUUAUACAGUUCAUGUAUAAGGGCACUGGUAAUUGGAAAUAGUCUGACUAUCAGUAUUGCGCCUAUGUCAUUUUUCCAGCCACAUUUCAUAAUCUGAAAGAGACACUCAAAAGUCGACAUAGAACCAGAGUACGAUUGCUGAACUUCCAUCUGAAUGUGUCUUCUCAAAGACAUUUUGCAGUGACUAUAAACAACUGAUUUUAAAUAUUUCUUAA